AUGAUGGACAACGUCGAUGACCGUCGGGUGAUGAUGAACCAGCUGCGCGUCGAGGUCUACUCCUCGUCAUCGGACAGGGACAGGGAGAAGGAUGACGUACAGGAGGUGGUCGCCGAGAGGGAGGCAUCCCCGCCGGCGUGGAGCCACCGCCCGGUCGCCGCCGGCCUUAGCAACAACAGGCGGCGGCUGCUGUCGAAGCAGUUGUCCAUGAAGGAGACCACCAGGGAGGCCAAGUGGGAGAAGCGCCGGCGGCAGAUACUGCGGCGGAGCAGCAUGGUGUCCGUCGCAACGGAGGAGGAGCGAAACAGAGAAGGCAAGAGCCCCGUCGACAGACAGGUGAGGUCGUCGGAGCGCGCGCGGUGCCUGACCGACGAAGACCUAGACGAGCUGCGGGGUUCCUUCGAGCUUGGGUUCGGGUUCGACGAGGAGACCGGCGGCGCCGACCUCCGCGACACCCUCCCCGCCCUCGACUUCUACUUCGCCGUGAACCGGCAGCUCUCCGACCCCAAGCUGAGGACACUGGCGGCGAGCCCCACGUCGACACUGUCGGCGGUGUCGUCGUCGUCCACGCUACCCGAUAUGCCGAGCCCUCGCAGCCCGCAUGCCGGCCCAGCCGCCGCCUCCGGCGCCGAUGAAUGGAAGAUCUUCACUCCAGGCGACAACCCUCAGCUGAUCAAGACAAGGCUGAGGCACUGGGCGCAGGUGGUGGCUUGCUCCGUCAAGCAUGGCUCCUGACUCCUGAGAGAAGCUGCCAUUGAUCAAUCCUGAAUUCCAUGUCGUUGCAUUAUGUAUAGGUGCCGGUGCGUGGCAAAAAUGAGAAGCAGGCUUGCUUGUCCUCAACAAACCAACCAAAUGUAAUCUAUG